AUGAAGCAAAAUUCUUUGAUAGUGUUGCGUCCUGUUUGUUUCUUCAUUUUCCUGAUACUUGUGGUGUUAUCUUUGGCUGCUGUGUUGGUCACAUUAUGGUUCAACAAGGUUGUACCAAUCGAGAAGGAAGUGAAGUUGAUAGCUCACAACAUCAAUCAAGAUUUGAUAUCACAAAUUCACAAUGCAGCUGCAUUCUUCUCUCCCAGCAAUGCUUCAGCCGUCAACAUUGCGCGGAUUUUGAGUUUCUGUUUGGAUAAUAAUGAUCCCCAAUUGACAAAUAUUGAAUCAAAGGUGGUUCCUGCACUAUUUCAAGCCUUUUCAACAAUUCCAUACCUGUCUCAGAUUUCUUACAUUGGUUUGAAUGGCUUAUUCUUCGCGUAUUGUAAAGAAGGGGACGAGCCUUUUGCAUUGUACUCGAACUCAACCUUUCCUGCACGAAAAGAUGCAGAAGAGAAGAAGUACACAUGGUAUUUGCAGCCUGCAAAUCGUAAUACGGGGAAGCUAUAUGGAGUGGCGACUAAGUUUCCCGCACCUGAACUGGUUAAAAGUAGCUGGUUACAAGGAGCCUUGAAUAGCACAAAUGGAUAUGCCUCAGUGGGGAGUGGGUGGAGAGAUUCUCAAGAUGUUCUGCUACUCAGCACUGUUCGGUUGGAUGGAAACGGACUAAUUUCUUUAGGCUUCCGUGUGAAGCCUAUGGUUGAUUUCUUGGUUGCUCAAAUGACCUUUUAUGAUGGAAGCUUGUAUCUGUUUACAAAGGAUUGGAAUGUGACCAUUAAAGGCUUCCCAAGCAGUCGUGUCAGUGUCAUCUUGGAUGGAAAUCAGGUUUUGUUUCAGGUGUCAAACCCCGAUGAUGGCCAGCUCCAGACAGUGGGAAACAUCAGUUGCAACGACGAGCGUAUUUUGAGCAUUGGAGGGAACAAGUAUGUGUUCAACUGCUCACCAGCUAAGAUUGCUGGAGUUGAAUUUGUGUUUGUGUUGGCUGUGGCACUUGAUAAGUACUCGAGCCUAGUUCACAAGAACAUAAGAUUGUGCUUUGCUCUGAUAGUUGUAAUGGUUGGUGCUGUGGUGAUCACGAUAUGCAUUUUCGUGUCACUGAUAGUGGAAGCUGCUAGAAGGGAGAUGUCACUGUGUGGCGCAUUGAUAAAGCAGAUGGAAUCAACCCAGCAAUCGGAGAGAAAGAGCAUGAACAAGAGUCUCGCUUUUGCAAGUGCAAGCCAUGACAUUCGUGCUUCUCUAGCAGGCAUAAGCGGCCUCGUAGAAGUGUGUCGCACUCAGCUUAUUAAAAGGGACCCUUGCAGCUCACAAGUCCUGGAAAAUCUGUUGCAGAUGGAAUCCUGCACGAGGGACCUUUUAGGGAUAUUGAACUGCAUCCUUGAUAUGAGCAAGAUAGAAGCCGGGAAGAUGCAACUUGAGGAGCAGGUGUUCGAUGUGGAGCAGCUUCUGGAAGACGUGGUUGAUCUUUAUCAUCCUGUGGGCAUGAAGAAAGGGGUAGACGUAAUCUUGGACCCAUGCGAUGGGUCCAUCGCAAGAUGUUGUUGGGCUAGAGGUGACAGGAGCAAGCUGAAGCAAAUAUUGAGCAACUUACUUAGCAAUGCUGUCAAAUUUACCACAGAGGGACAUGUGAGUGUUGGAGCUUGGGCAAGAAAACCUUGCCUCGAAAAUGAAAUGCUUGGCUCCUCUCAAACCAACUGCUGCCUAUUCAAGAUUAACAGACCAAACAACCAAUCAAACAGCGAUCCCAACUGCAUGGAUUUCACAUUCGAGGUGAACGACACGGGAAAAGGCAUUCCAAGGGAGCAGAGAAAAUCUGUUUUUGAGAACUAUAUCCAAGUGAGGGAAACCGCGGUGGGACAGCAAGGGACUGGUCUAGGCCUUGGGAUUGUGCAGUCCCUGGUGCGCCUAAUGGGGGGAGAGAUAGGGAUUGUGGACAAGGAAGUUGGCGAAAGAGGCACUUGCUUCAGUUUCAAUGUGUUGAUGACAGCACGCCCGAGCACAGUCGAUUUCUGGGAGCCUAAACCGCCAAAAUCGCGAGUGGUGCUGCUGCUGAAGAGCGAUCAAAGGAGCAAUGUGUUGCAAGCCUUCAUGAAGAGGCUCGGGAUCAAGGUGCACACGGUGAAGCAGCACCAGCAACUCGGUCCUACUUUGAAGAAAAUCAAGCAGAAAAUGAUGAACCUAUCAAACCAUAGCUGUAACAGCUCUUCGAGCUCCAGAUCAGUCCCUUUGAGCAGCCUCGAUGGCGUUGAUCAGUCUGGAAUGGUGCUGAUGGUGGUGGACACGCACGUGGGGGCUUUGUCGGAUAUUAAGAGAGAAAUUGGGGAUUUCAGAAAGGAUAUCAGGUGCUAUACUAGGGUGGUUUGGUUGGAUUCGCCGGAUUUUGAUCAGGACGAGCUGGCGCCACCGGAUUUGGUCAUCUCGAAGCCAUUUCACGGAUCGCGUUUGUAUGAGACGGUUAGUCUAUUACCAGAGUUCGGGGGCAUGGCUACGAGGAGAGGGGGUGAUAUUUCACCUGCGGUUGGUAGUGCAGAGGAGGAGGUGGGGAAGCCAUUGGCGGGUAAGAAGAUACUGGUGGUGGACGAUGAUCCCGUGGGGCGGAAGAUAGCUACAUUUGUGGCUUGUAGUCUUGGUGCGGUUGCUACAUGCUGCGAGACUGGGGCGGCGGCGUUGCAGCUUGUAUGCGAGAGGCUCAAAGACGGGGUAUCGGGUAGUUUCGAUUUCAUAUUGAUGGACUGCGAGAUGCCGGUGAUGGACGGAAGCGAGGCGACUGCAAGGAUUAGAGAAGCCGAGGGCAGUUACAGCGUUCGAACAACGAUCGUGGCGUUGAGCGCCGGAGACGAGAUGGAGAGGAAUAGGAUGAUGGAGGCAGGUGUGGAUGCCUACAUCACCAAACCACUCAAUACCAAUAAUCUUCUCCAGGCUCUAUCACCACUCAUUACCACUUACAGAAUGCCAGAAUCACCAAUCUAAGCUGAGUUUUUCACACUAAAAUUACACAUAAUUGUGGAUUUCAAAUGUUUUAUACAUACUUGAAUUAAGAUCAAAUGCUCCUAUUUUUAGCCUUUCUUAUUUUGA